AUCGACGUCGUCGCGCUCGGGAACAUGUGCGUCGACGUCCUCCUCCCGCCCGCGCCGAUCCCUUCCCCCGACGCGCUCAAGACCGACGCGUCGCUCGCGUCGCUCGACGCGUCCGCGGAAGCGAAGGACGACGCGCGCUGGGAGGUGGGGGGGAACUGCAACUUCCUCAUCGCCGCCUCCAGGCUCGGGCUCAGAGCCGAGUGCGCCGGGCACGUCGGCGACGACGCGCACGGCGCGUUCCUCGUCGAGACGCUCGCCGCGGAGGGCGUGCCGUUCCGAGACCUGUGCGCGAUCGCGAGCGAGGACGCGCAGACGGAGACGCUCAAGUGUUUCGUCCUCACCGACGGCGCGGGCGGGCACGCGUUCUGCUCGCGCUACGACCUCGGGCCGUGGCCGCUGCUGUCGCGCGUGGACGUCGUGGAUGAGGGCGCGGCGAGCGCGCUCGCGCGGUGCUCCGCGGUGUUCGUCAACGGGUUCGUGUUCGACGAGCUGAGCCCCGCUGCGGUGCGAAGCGCGAUCUCGCUCGCGAAGCUCAACGCCGCGGGGGUUUUUUUCGACCCGGGCCCGAGGGCGUUCACCUUCGUCAGCGGCGACGCGGGGAGGAAGGAGGCGCUGGACACGAUCUUGGCGGCGACGGACGUGAUACUCGCGACGCUGGAGGAGGCGGCCGCGCUCGCGGGGAUCGAG